CCAUCACCACCAUGCUCACGCACAAAUCACAUCCCCAUGUGGCCUCGCGUCUGACAGCUUAGCUACUUAGCGGCCGUCAGGGGCGGGUUUCAGGUUCGCAGCUCCUCCCCAACCCAUGGUUAGGCCAGCCUAAGCGCCGUGGGACCCCGACUAGCGAGUAGCGAUGGGCCAUCCUCGCAUUCUCCAGCCAUUAUUCGGGGGCCAUAGCCAGGCUAACGCGUCAUCGACAGUCAGUGUGAGAAAUCCAGAUCGCCCGCUGCGUGAGCCGAUCUUCGCCUGCCUACGUGCCUUCCUACGUCGCCAUCUCCACGCGAAACACAAUAGUUCUUAUACCCUCCCGAGUCGAUCCUCCUCCUCCUCCUCCUCAUCCCCAGUUCUCCUCCAGCUGUCCUUUUUUUUUUUUUUGCUGCUGCUGGUGCUGCUGCUCCUCCUCCUGCUCCUUUCCCCCCUCCUCGGCCCCAUUCUUCCCCUCCACCGACCGCCAGGGGACCCGAUCCAUCUGUCUCACACUACCGACGUUCCUGCCCGUCCCCAGGAAUCCCACCGCACCACGAGUAGGGGUGGAUUGAAUUGCAUUAUUGGCAGACCAACAUAAACAGAAAAUGAAAAAACGCUUUUCGUCUAUCUGGAGGACCGGUCCAUAGAUAAUCAAUCGUCGUUUCAGUUUUUUCCUGCUUUCUCCUCCCUCCUCCUCCUCCUCCACCACCCGCUGCAGGUC